AUGACUCGCAAAAAAACGGCUACACUUGAGGCACUCGUCGCGCAAAUCGACCCGCGGGCGCCCCGCUCUGAGGACGGGCUCCGGCUCGUGCACAUCAUAUGCCGGUUUUUUGGUCUUCCAACUGACCUCACCACGCGAAGCUCGUUGAAGAAGAUUCACGGGAAACUGCACGAGGUGUACCCGCUGAUGGAGCAGGCCUUCGAGGAGAGCGUUGAUUUGCGAAUAAAACUCGGAAUUUUGGCCAUCUACACCAAUAUGUGCACCGACGCGAUUUUGCGCAAUCGGCUCUGCGAACUAGGUUUCCUUGGGCAGCUGCUCACUCUUAUGGCGAUUCCGCUCUGCCGCAAUUUGACGCUCGAUUCCCUUAUCAUAAUCACGCACCAUGCCGGGCUGGCUGUCCGUAUGGAAAUCGCGAGAGCGGCCUGUGAGCCAUUGCUGCAACUUAUCAAAGACUUUCCGGAGGAUCAAGAAACGUCGGAUUUUGCGCUCCGCGUGCUCAGUCAUGUCAUCGUCAGCGUUGUUUCGGAGGAGGCGAAACAAAAGGACCCGUCAUUGGCGACCUCGCUUCCGCUGCAAGACGUUGCGCAAGCCCUCAUUGACGGGCUUCGUCGGCCAGACCCCCCGCCAACACUCAUCACUCACGUCACGCGCUGUUUUACGACUUUGUCCCAAUCCAAAGACAUUGAGCUUUCGCAGUCGAUGGCGAAUCUCUUUCUGGCAGGACUGUGCUCCAAGGAGUGGGAAGAUCGCUCACAUUGCUUGGGUGCAUUGAUCCACGCCAGUCUCGCUGAUGCUGAGGACGAGGCUUGGUUUUUCCAUCCGCGCACCGCCCGUUGCAUUACACACAUUUCCGAGGCCCCGAAGCAUGUCAGAGAGCCAAUCCAAACCUGGGGCAUUGAGAAUGCCGUUAUGUACAAGGCUAUGAUUGCAUAUGAGGAGUUUACGUCUACGUUAUUCGCAGCACACUCCUCCGGUGGCGAAUUCUACAACGCGGGAAAGAAAAUUGCUCGGCUCAUCUUGAACGCAGAAGUGCCCACGGUGGACGGAUCCUCCCCCAUCAAGAAUACGAUUACUGGACAGAGUGUUUUUCCUGGUGGCGAAUCCGGCACGCGGUGGUCCGACACCUUCCCCCGUUGCUCCGCAGCGAUCAGACAGAAUGGCGUGGUCGGCGAGCUCUUCCUCGCUGAUAUCCUCGAUCUGGAGGCCCUCCUGAUGCGAGUGGACUUUUCUGGCGCUAUCGCGCUGGCAACCCAAAUCGUAGAGCGAAAUUCCGACUUUGCGUAUGGGUACUACGUUCUUGCACUCCUCCAAUUCAAUGUACACGGCUUACGGGCAGCGGCGAGGGGCCUGGAAUGUACCCCCGGCCCGCUCAACUUGACACCCUGUAUGCGGCUGCAAAACCUCCGGCUCAAGGGGCAAAUCGCUAGUAUUGUUGGCCUCGGAGCGUUGACUCGGAACACUCCAGGAAAACACGGGCUCCCCACUCCGAAUGCAGCCGUGGCGUUACUCAAGACCGCAAAGAAGGAUCUGCAGACGUUCUUCGAAGAAGCGGCGCCAGACCAUCGUUAUCUCUCCACUGUCUGCUGCUGGCUGAUAGCCCUGCAUGUUGUAUCCGGCGACGACAUAAGCGACGAUUUCCACGAAAUCAAGGUAUACAGAGACCGCCUCGAGUUCGCCACCGACCUCAACAAAUGGCUCGAUAUCGACUCACCGCGCACCCAGAUACGCAUCGUCACCGAGCGUAUACUACGGGAUUUCCCCGCUGCGCGGAAGGAAUGGGGCGCGGUCGUUGCUGCAAACGGGUGCGAGGGACAUAACUCGGACGCAGUUCGAACUGAGGCGGAGAUGGAACACGACCUGGCGGCGUGGAUGGCGGGCCUGGAUGUUGAUGACGAGGCGAGUUGUCAGACUCGGACGCGAUAUAGCGGUCACGAGCACCGUUCUCCAUCGCAGUGGUACAUGCAUGAAUAUGAAGUUACCGAGGCGGCAGACACCAAGAAGCCGAGGCUGUACCAUUGCUCGUUCUGCCAGAACAGCUCCGCAGUCCUGCGCAAAUGCGCCGGUUGCUCUGAAGCGAGAUAUUGUAAUGCGACCUGCCAAAAGAGACAUUGGAGUGUCCACAAGAAAAAGUGCCCGGCGGGCAAGAAGUAG